CGGAAUUAUGUCUGACCACGAGAACACUGGUGAAAACACCUCCGAAUAUCAGUACAAGCAACCACCACAAAAGAGCAUCGACGAGCUUCUCAAUGCUGACAAGGAGGACGAGUCUCUAAAAGUGUACAAAGCCAAACUUCUCGGCCAAGGAACAGUCAUUGUCGACGAGAAGAACCCACUCCGCGUGAUUGUCCGAUCCGUCGAGCUGCUCAUUAAUGGUAAAACUGCGCAAUCAUUUGACUUAUCGGAUCCAGCAAAACUUGUCAACUCUGACUUGUCUGUUUCCAUCAAAGAAGGUUCCAAUUACCGGUUAAGCUUUGCUUUCCAUGUGCAACGCGAAAUUACGUCCGGAUUGCACUACAAACAUAAGGUGAAACGAUCCGGUAUCACUGUGGAGAAUGAGAAGUACAUGAUGGGAAGCUACGCGCCAAAACUUGAGAUUCAGGAGUACAAAUCACCAAACGAAGAAGCUCCGUCUGGAAUGAUGCAUCGUGGAAAGUACAAGGUGUACUCGAAAAUUACCGACGAUGACAACAAUGUGUAUCUUGACUGGCAAUGGACCCUUCACAUUACCAAGGAGUAGAAUAAUUUUCCGCCUUUACUGAACCUCAUAUUUAUAUUCAAAUUCUCAAUGAAAAUGACUUUUUUCUCCAAUUUACCGCCCACCCCAAAUGUUUUCCUUGUUUUAUGGUUAUUAUUGAUUUUGAUGCACUAGUUGUGUUGUGUGAUGCCUCUCCCCUUUCCCCGCCAAAUUGAAAUGAUAUAUAAAGUGAUA